CCCACACACACACUUAUUUAAGCACGUGACUAAUGUGACGUUGAGUUUGAGCCCGCUGCCGGUGAACAACACUUUGGCUCAUUUUUCGACUUUACAACUUUAAACCGGCUUACCACCUCCAUCACCAAACCCUCCCACACCCCCCCCCUUUUUCCACCUUCCAACGUUUGAAACUUUUGGCACAUAUCCGAGCGUCUUUGUCUACUAUAAAUUUUGCAACGUUGUAAUCUUGUGUGAGAUGGCAACUAGAGAGUCUGAGGAACCAAGCUCUGCCCCUCGUCCCCCCAAAAAGCGGUUCAUAGCGUCAUCUUCGUCGUCGUCUCCAGCGCGAUCCAUUGACGAAGACCUUGCUUCCUCUGAAGAAGAUGCUGCCGAUCCUCUCAUGGAACCGUUUGAGGAAUUUCGGCGGGACGCGAUCUUUAGGCAGUGGAAAGAAUAUAUGCGCUUUGGAAAAAGAUAUAAAAAGCGCAAAAUAUCUGCAGAAAAGCGACAACAAGCAGACGAAGCUUCUUUGAGUGUGUGGGAUUCUCAUUUUCAGCAGCUACGAAAAGCACUUAGUGAUCUUGUUUCAGAAGAACAUGCCGAAUCAUUAAAAGCAGCGAUGCACCAGCGUGAUGAAAAUAGCCGGUAUCAAAGCAUAUUAGAUUCGAUUGCUGACGAUGCUCCUGCUAUGGCUACUGCAAUGAAAGCAGCUUCCAAGGUGACAGCGUGUGAAGUAACGCGGUCUGCACAAUCAUUCAAAUAUAAACGAGAAAGACUUGCUGAAAAAAUCAAGCCAUUGUUAGACUCCUCGCUGCAAGACGAAUAUCAAGACGCGCUUUCUCGUUGGCAAUCUGGUGAAAAAUCAAUUAAUAAAGCUAAGGAUAACCUCGAGUUACACACCAUGAAGUAUCUUGUUUUGACCGAAGAGUUACAGCUUUUAACGCGGAAAUUGGAAGUGGUUGAUGCUAUUGUGCGCGAUACACGUCUUGAGCUAGUGAAUGCCGAAAAUCGGCUGGCGCCAAAGAACGCCGAAUCAGGCGGUAAUUGGCAAGAACAAUGCCUGGAUAUAGGUGGUAGUAGCAAUCAGCAACAGCAAUCAUCUAGCGGAUCCUCCGGAAGAGCAACAACUGACGAGAACUUUGCUGCAGAGCAGCAACAAGAAAACUCGCUCACUCAAAUCCAGCGUAUGCUGGAUCGGCAACUGCAAGAAAUCGAAGCUAUCAAAGAAGAACGGAUAACUUUGAAGCAAAGGAUUGCGCAAGCCGAGAUUGAUCUGAUCAUCUUACCAGAAGCACGCAUCGGAAAGUUGCCACACAUCUACCAAUCGCAAGAAUCCGUUGCGUAUUUUCGUCAAAAAAGCGAUCGUUUGUUGAAAAUAUGCCGAGAACUGCGACAAGAACGCGAUCGUCUCCAAAUUGAACGACGGCCGUUUAUUCAAGAACAUGAUGCGGAUCAGCUACAUCAUAUCAAAAAACUGCAGAAGCAGCUGCGUGAAUUAGACCGAGAAUUGAAUGAUGUGCGUGGCCAACGUGAUGCGUUACAGGUUGUGGUGGAUGAGUACAAGUCGACACGUGAAAGCGGUGGAAGAGCGUCGUUACCGGAGUUACAGCUGAUUGCAGAUACACGACGGGAACGGGGAUCUAUUAUGGAGAACCAACUAUUGCAAUUGCGUAAAAAAUGUGCAGCAUUGACCGGCAACCGUGCGUUCUAUGAGAUGGCCAUGUCGAUUAACGAAGGUGAUAUCACCAUCGAACCGGCUCAAAGGGAAUUAAGUUCUUUAGAAAGCACAAUCGACGAAUUACGGGCUCAGCUUGCAGGACAAGACGAUGCCGCCGAUCAACAACAAAACUUGGACAAGGAAAUUGAGAAGAUGCUAGAGAUUCAAAACGUGGAGAACAAAGUACAAGAGUUUCAAAAGAAAUACGGUUUUGAUGUUAUGAAUUCGGACGAAAACGCGGUGUUGAAGAUACUGGAGUCGACGCUCGAAUCCACAGAAGCCAAAAUCAGUGAAACACAAAAGACUUUAAAAUCAUUGGAACUGGGUGAGAGUGAGUCAGCGAGUGUGGUCGCAGAUGCAUUUAAAGGCAGCACUAUGUUUGACGAGCAGAAUAUGGCGAAAAUUAAAGACUUGGUGGAUGUUGAGGAAGAGAUCAUAAGGCUGCGAUCAGAGCGCUCUAGAUAUAAUCAAGCUUUUACGAAUCUGAACAAGGCCAAGGAUUCAAAUGGCAUGGUCGCCGUUGCUCUUAAAAAACAGAUCGACAAGGAACUUGCUUAUAUUAAGGAGUUAAACGAGCGUGAAAAGAAUAUGAACAGUCAGCUGACCACUUUGGAACGUGAAUUGACAGCAAGCAACGCGGCAUUGGAGACUUAUCAGUCGAAAGGAGACGAACUUGAUGAAACAUUAAAAGACCUCAAAGAAAAGACGAAUCUUGCCAAGGAAAAGGCUGUUGAGUUUGAAAAGUCGAUCAAGGAAAAGAUACGUCUGAUAGAACAAGGAGCACACGAGCGUCUGCGAUUAGAAGAGAACAGUGAGUUAUUGCGGCGGAAACUUGAAGCAGCAACCAGGGUGGAGAGGCCAGCUGAAAUCCAGCUUCGUGAACAACAAGAGGAAUAUAGACAACUGCUAUAUUGCGGUUCCUGUGGACAAACACUAAAGUCGCACGUAAUUAUGCGUUGCAUGCAUACGUUCUGUAAAAACUGUCUGGAUGCUCGCAUCGAAACCAGACAACGACGAUGUCCUUCUUGCGGCGAAUCGUUUGGUGUCAACGACGUCAAGCAGUUUUAUUUUUAAUUUUCUAUCCUUAAAAAAAAAGAUCAUCCCCUCUCCUUCCGUCCCUUCUUCACAUUCUCUCUCUCUUUUAUCUUCGUGUAUAUACAAUCCUUCUUUUUCUAGC